AUGAUGCUGUUCUUCACUUUGGUAACAUUGCGUCUCAGUAAUCAACAAGUAUCAACAGGGACAUUAUCAUCUGAGGAAUAUGAAACAAGCAGAAGUUAUACUGGAAGAAUGGUAUGGACGAAAGAGCGCGGGCAUAUAUCAGAAGACGCACGAAUUCUUCAGAUCAUUGCAAUCGGAUGGCUUAACAUUCGUGCGCUGCGAUGCCGAGAACGGGGAGAGUUCACGGUGCUGAAGACGUGUUUAUUAAAUAACGAGAAAGGCUUUUACAUGCAGUCAUUAGCGGUUGAUAAGACAUACA